GCAAAUGAAGCUGUUAAAUAGUGUUAGAAGUCAACUACAACAAGGCAUGGAGAUGCAAUUGCUGAGGUGGUGAAACGGCCAGUAGGCGACAUCAAUACGCGGCUAAUACCAGUGGAACAGAAGGGAGAAGAAGAAGAACGACAACAACAGGCCGCACAACAAAUAGGCGAGUUGAGCGCGAAAGUGGAACAGCUACAACAAAAACAUGAUCAGCAGAAUUUAGUCACACAAGAACAAGAAGCAGAAGUGCGAGGUGAAGCUGCUCCAUCGAAGUAGUACUAUAGACCAGUUUAUAGCACGAAUGGUGCAUGGGACGAAUGGCACGAACGGCGCACCCCAACAGACCCCAAAUGGGACGAAUGGCGAGGUCGAUCGCGGUCACGGAUUGCGCCCCCCCCAUCCGUGCCAUUCGUGCCAUUCGAUCCAUGCCAUCCAAUAUCUGGAACCCUUAUAAACUGCUCAAGUACUAUCGCAAAGGCGGAGAAGGUGGCGCCGGGCCAAGAACAGCCAGAGAAACAUACGAGCACAUCAACAAUAAGUGGGAUGCUCGCGAAAGUAGAAAAGCAACGAGAACAACAACAGCUGCAACGAAAAGAGAUGCAGGCAUUGUUAGACAAGCAGACACAGGCCACGAAAAGGUUACAACAGGAACUGGCGGUAGCUUCGCAAGGUGCAGUAGAAGGACAGCGACAGCAGCUCGCGACGGUUCCUACUACUACUUCUCCACGAGAAGUUCCGGUUACCUCUCCGGGCACUAGUAUGGCUCGCAAAAUGAUAGGAGUACAAGACAUAGUGCCGUUUUUAGAUUGGACCAAACCAGAACCUCCUCAAUCAGGUGUACAGAGUGUGAGUAUUGCUACGGAGCGUCGUCGCGAUUACGCCAUCUUCAAAUAUGAAGCGCGACCACAGGACCAAUCAGUGUGGCCUUGGGAGCGACAGCUCCAGCUUCUCAACGAUGAGCAGAUUUUUGUGACUCUGUGUCGCUACGACUACAAUUUUCAACAAGAUACGAGCGGGGUUUUUCCUUCCCCAAAAGAUAGAUUUGGCGUAGCUACCGCUGCGGACUUCGAGGAGCAGACUCGCGGUGGGAAAACGAGUGGUCAGCCUUCACGCCACAUCAGAAUAGGAGCUUUCAGCAGGCAACACGUACUCGGAGGAGGCGGCGAAUUUUUUGGGGGUGCGAGUGGAGCUGCGGUGAUGGCCAUCAAGAAGUGGCUGGCCAAUCACUCCUCUGUUGGGGAUCAUCUUGAGUUCGCGAUAGAAUGUGAAACUGAGUCGAAGGAAUGGCCGCUCGGCAGCAAAGCGUAUGAGGUGUAUGCCACUAUCUAUGUUCAGUUUCGGAAGAAUAUCCCAGAAGAAUGAUCCGAAGAUACCGAUUGAGCCUACGAAUGGCGCGAAGGGUAAGCACAUGCAAAAGGCACAUGAC